CUCAUCCAUUGAUGUGAUGUGUAUUUUCAGAAAAAUGUAUAUUUUCACCACCUUAUGAAAAUUUGCCUAAUUUAUCAUUAAAAUUUGUUCAAGUAUAAUACAAACAUUAUUUCUGAAAAUUUCCGUGUGAUAAACAUCUUUAAGGUGCAGCAAAAACAAAACACUACAUUAAAUUAACUUGUCAGUUUCAACUUCUUCCAUAAGUUUUUGGACACAGUUGUUGGAAUAUUUCUCCUGGAUGAUCUUUCCGAUUUUCAAAAAGUAUGUGUGGUAAUGUAGCAUUUACAACAUUCUCCUCUGAAGGAAAUACAAAAAUUUUAGCACUUUCCAGGCAGCCAUUUGUUUGACCUCAAACGGCAACUGAGAGCUUAUCCUCGAACAUCGUCAACGAAUUUUACUUAUAAUGCCUUCUAAUUCGUAAUCUACAUGAGAAAUGUUCCUAAAACCAACAUCUUCACAGUAUUUUUGCAAUUUGCGACGCAUUUUGUACGUUUUUAUAAUUAUAAGUCGGGACCUAGUCGGAGAAGGGUUCGGCACGGCAGCCAUCACGGCAGAAUAUGCCAAGCUUGGCAAGCGGGUUUGUGGUAAGUGAGUGAGUGUUGUGUUGCUCCGUAUUUCUGCUGAUUCCAAUGUGGAUUAACCCCUGAAAUUACCAGACACACACCAUGCACUUCCCCUUUUAAGUAUGAUGUCCCAAAUGAUGGGAUAUAAAUUAUACUUCCAAAAAGUCAAAACCAGCUGAUUGUUAGGCUUUGGUCUACUACAUCAUUGACAUAGGCGGCCUGUGUGCAGCCUCCAUAUCCGUGGUCGCGUCCGUCGUUCAAGGCGCGCUGCAUUGGUCCGGGCGUGCGCGCUCGAGAGCGUUCCGCCGGGCGACGCUCCAGCAGCAGCAUCGGGAAGGAAACGUCGCUUUGUAGCGUCGUCGGUGGGUAGCGUCAUCGCUGUGGCAUGGAUCCCCCGCCGGCGCCGCGAAACGAGUCGGUCAUGGAGCCGGUGAACGGCAUCGUGCAUCCGCCGGUACACCCGCCGCCCGAUCGCCCCGGCAGGGUUACCAAUCAGCUGCAGUUUCUGCAGAAAACUGUACUCAAAGCGGUGUGGAAGCACAGCUAUGCCUGGCCAUUCCAACAGCCUGUGGACGCCAAGAAGCUUAACCUCCCGGAUUACCACAGAAUCAUCAAACAACCCAUGGAUCUUGGAACCAUAAAGAAACGGCUAGACAACAACUAUUACUGGUCAGGCAAAGAAUGCAUUCAAGACUUCAACACUAUGUUCACAAACUGUUACGUGUACAAUAAACCCGGCGAGGAUGUUGUUGUUAUGGCUCAGACGUUGGAAAAGGUGUUUCUGACAAAAGUGGCAGAGAUGCCAAAAGAAGAAUAUGUCGUGGAUGCAACACCAAAAGGUACUAAAGGAAAGAAAGGUCGUGUGUCAGGCGGCGCCACUACUCCGACCACUGGAGGAAGGGGUAGACCGCCAGCGGCAGUUUCUUCUACUGUUUCGACGCCUGUUGCCACCACAACAGGUUCCUCAGGCCUACCGUUGGGCACGCAAGCUCCGUCCGCCGUGCCUGGCAGCACCGCGACGACGACGAUAGCGCCUGCGCAGAACAACAGCCAGCUGGGUGGGGGCGGUGCGGCCGGCUACGGAGCCAUCGGGAAUUCGCUGGACGGAGGCGGUGCUGCUGUGGCGGCCGCCGCCGCUGCGAUGGCCGGCGUCGUGCCGCCCGCACAGCCGGCCAAGGUCAAGAAAGGCGUGAAAAGAAAGGCCGACACGACAACGCCGACAGCAACAGCGUACGACUACCACCCGCCCUCGUCGGCGGAAUCCGCAGCGAAAUCGGCGAAGAUCUCGACGCGUCGCGAAUCGGGCCGACAGACGAAAAAACCGUCGAGGGUGAGCGCUGGGGCGGCGUCUGGAGGCGGCGCGGGGGCGGCCGGCGCCGAUCCGUACGACGGUCCAGCUGCAGCCGGAGGCGCGGGGGCGGCGGGACACGGCCAUCACCACAGACAGAAGGAGAAGCUCAGCGAACCUCUCAAAGCGUGUAACGAGAUACUGAUGGAGUUGUUUAGCAAGAAGCAUUCAAGUUACGCGUGGCCGUUCUAUCAGCCGGUAGAUGCUGAUCUUCUGGGCCUGCACGACUAUCACGACAUCAUCAAACACCCUAUGGACUUUGGUACAGUGAAACAAAAGAUGGAAAGCCGCGAGUACAGGACGCCCCAGGAGUUUGCCUCCGAUGUCCGGCUCAUCUUCACCAACUGCUACAAGUACAACCCGUCCGACCAUGACGUUGUCGCGAUGGCCAGAAAGCUGCAGGACGUGUUUGAAGUCAAGUUUGCUAAGAUUCCUGAUGAGCCAAUGAAUAGGAUAAGCGGUAGCACAGCAAUGGUUAAGUCUGAGUCGAGUACUUCAGGGUCCAGUUCAGAAACUUCCAGUGAUACAGAAGAUUCUGAAGAAGAAAGAAGGAAUAAGCAGUUGAAGAUGUUGGAGAAAGAGCUGCACGCCAUGCAAGAAAAAAUGCGCAAACUUGUAGAUGAAUCGUCGCGUCGAAAGAAAGAGAAAAAGAAGACGAAGGUAAAACCGAAAAAAUCCACAGGCGGCGCCGCGGUAUCAGCAGCAGCGUUGCCAAACAGCAGCAGCGCUGGUCUGGGUAAGCCGUCCGCCCAUCACAAGGCCAAUUCCAGCCUGUUGGCGGACAGCGUGGAGGAAGGCGCCGGAGGCGGCCAUGGCGGGGGCGCCGGUGUUGGUGCAGCAGGUGCCGCCGCCGCGGACGGCAAAGGGCAAGGCCUGCACCAUACCAUGGCCGCCGGCGCUAACGCCUCCGCGCAAGCCAAGACGCCUAAGAGCAAGGGCCUGCGCGGAGCAAAACCAGCCGCUGCGGCAGCAGGCGCGCCGGCAAAGCGCAGCAAGGCGAACAACAGUGGCGCCGGAGCGAAUGCGACGGCGGGCGGUGCUGGGGGCGGCGCGGGCGGUGCCGGCAAGGGCGGCGGCAGGAAAAAGGCCGCCCACCAUCCGCCGCCACCCGUACAAGCAGCACAGUUCGACUCGGAGGACGAGGACAACGCCAAACCGAUGUCUUACGACGAGAAACGGCAGCUGUCGCUAGAUAUCAACAAACUCCCAGGCGACAAACUGGGUCGGGUGGUGCACAUAAUCCAGUCGCGCGAGCCCUCGCUGCGAGACUCCAACCCCGACGAGAUCGAGAUCGACUUCGAGACGCUGAAACCGUCUACUUUGCGAGAGCUGGAGAGUUACGUCGCUUCCUGCCUGCGCAAAAAGCCACGUAAGCCCUACUAUAAGAAAGUAGCUGGAAAGUCGAAGGACGAACAAAUCGCUGAAAAAAAGCAGGAGCUUGAGAAAAGACUGCUGGACGUGAAUGAUAAGAUAGGAAAUUCAAAAAAGGCCCCGAAGAAAGAUGGCGCCGCGAAAGCUGAGGGAGGUGGCGGCGUAGGCGCAGGGGGCGGCCCAGCAACAGGUGGUGGACGUCUGUCCUCCUCCUCCAGCAGCUCGGACUCUGACAGCAGCAGUAGUAGCCUGUCAAGCAGCAGCAGUGAUUCCAGCGACAGCGAAGCAGGUGGCACCAAUACGCGACAAUCCAAGAAGAAGACAAACAAAAAGUCACCAAACCCGGCAUUGGGGAAUACGUCAACGCCGCUAAACCAGCAAAGCAAACAACAGUCCACCACAUCAGGUGCAGCAGCACAACAGCAGUCGACACCAGUGACAACCGCCUCCCAGCCUAACGGGCCGCCCCCCGCAUUGGCGCCGUCCGUCGCACCGGCCGUAGGGGCCUCGGCGGCGGGCGGCAAACCAGGAAUGGGAGCGGUCGCGGGCGUGAACGUGGGUGCGGCACAACUGAAAAAGGACAAGGUGACGCCGCCUCCAGCGUCGCCCGUGCAGCCUCCGGCGGCGGUACCCGUCGCGGGAGCGGCCGCGGCAAUAGUCGCGCCCGGACAAGGCGUCGUCCCGCCAACCACGGUACCGCAGCUGCCAAAACCGGUAGUCUCGCUGCCCGCCCCUUCACCGGACAAGCCGAAACCCGCCCAAUCGCAGCACGUCAUCUCGCCGAUGGCUCAGUACACCGACCCACUGGAACAGUCGCUGGCAAGCCUGGAGCGGGACAUAAAGCAAGGCGACCAAUUGGACGCAGUCGGCGGGGGAGGGGUCACGGUCGCCGGUCUGGCGUCGCAAAUGUCCAAUCCGGUGGUAACGCACGCCCAGCAGGGCGUAGUGGGCGGACCCAUGCCCGGGAUGGGCAUGAUGCAGCCGAGCAUCACGAUAGCAACAAACCUGAUGCCGCCGAACUCGAUUUUGCAUCAGAGCCUGCACAACUCCCUCGACCAGGUCGGGGGCGGCGUCGGUUUGCCACCCCUCUCCGAGCCGGGCCUCGUGCAGCAGCCACCGACGAGCGUGGGUCCGGUGACGUCAGUGCCGCCCCACCUGUCGUUGCCCCCGAUCACGACGGCGACGACCAACAACGGCUUCAGCGGACCUCCCCCGGGCGCGGCGGCGGCAGGACUCGCCGCCCUCAAGCACGACUUUGAACUGGGGGCGGCCGCCAACAACAACAACGGGAUUUCGCAACUGCCUAUGGACAUCAGCUCGAUGUUCGACCCUCUGCCCCCGCAUCUGGGAGGCGGCGUGCAACCGCCCGGCGCCGGGGGCGGCAUGAUUCCCAAGAUGGACGGCAUGCAGCAUCACAUGAAGCCUGAUGAGGGCAUCGCGGCGUUGCUCAACGAUAAAAAAGGUUCCAUGGAUCAGAAGCCCCCUGGUCCCGGAUUUCCAUCAUUCAAGACUGGCAAACCGGAACAUAACGUGAAAAACGCGAGUAGCUGGUCGAGCUUAGCCAAAAGUAGAUCUCCACCAAACAACUCUGUCGCUGGUGCCGUCGGAGGAGGUAGUAAUAAACAACAGAUGAUGGACAGCUUUAAAGCUUUCCAAAACAAGGCUAAGGAAAAAGCCGACCGAGAAAAGCAACGAUUAGAGACCUUGGAAUUGAAGAGGCAACAACGAGAGCAGGCGGAAAGAGAAAGAGUUAGGGCUGAGAAUGAAAGGAGAAGAGAGAGGGAGGAGGAGGAUGCGUUGGAAAAAGCAAGGAAAGCUGUAGCUGAGCAGCAACAGCAACCGAUCUCAUCACAGAGGGUGGAGGAAUUGAGGUCGUCGCCGGGAGAGGGUAGUACGUCUCCAAGUUCAUUGAGUUCCGGAUCAGAACGGAUAUCGGAACGAGAGAGGCAAAGGCUGCAAGAACAGGAGAGAAGAAGACGAGAAGUUAUGGCUAACAAGAUAGACAUGAAUAUGCAGAGUGACCUGAUGGCAGCAUUUGAAGGCUCCUUGUCGGUGUGAAGAGAAACAAAUAGUGCAACUAGAGUGAGAGAUUUCCCUAUAGUGGGACAUUUGUGUAUAAUAUUUGAUGUAAUUUGUAAUUUAUAUACGACGAUAUACUUUUAUCAGGCGUUUAAUAAGUAGACGCUCAAACAGGAGAUACUUAUACGAUUAUAUGCUUCCAGGAUAUACGACGUGAGUUGACACAGCUUUAGUGGAUGAUUUCUGAAUCAUUUAAUUUUUUACUGUUGAGUGAAAAAUAGCCCUCCAUUUUUUUUCACGCUUAGUUUGUAUAUAGAAUACUUAUUGUACAGAUAUAUGGGUUGAGUAGCAAUGAGUUAGGUUUUUUCAAUUCGACUCUAGUAUUUAAGUGAUAUUCAAUGGAGAGUCAUUAUAUUAUUGCACCCCCAGCCAUUGUGAUAGUUCAAGUGAUUUGAGAAACAAAAUAGACAGCGAGAUAUAUUGCUAAAAAUUCUUAAUUUAUGAUGUACUUUUUUAAUUUGGAAUAUUUUGGAGCUUACUGUUACUUUUUUUGCCAUUCCCAUUUUUUACACAAGCUCAAUAUUCAUGCUUCUUGUUUUCUUGAUACAGGUGUUUUACACAGCUCUACUGGAGAAUAUAACUAUAGCCCCACUAACAAUUUUUGUGUCAAUGUAACUUUGUAUAACUUACUAGGAUGAAUUUGUUGUUGAAUUGCAUAAGCCCAAUACUUAUUAUUUUUGUUUGUUUUAUCAUUCCUACAAGUUGUACUAAGUUGCAAUUAAACUAAGGGAAAGAAAGCCAAAAGUUGUUAGAAGCGCUAUAGUUAUGCUCUCCAGUUAAUAUUGUUUUAUUAGAUCUGUGAUUUUGUUUCACUUGAACUAUCCAAAUGAUUUACCUCAACAAAAAAGUGUGUAUGAUUUGUUUCAUAUGCGAUACUCAUAUUUUUAUUUGAAUAGCCGUUAAGGAUUUUUUCAUUGCCUAUAAGGCAAUGGCAAUAGGUGAAAUUAUCCCUUUCUACUGUCUUUGUCCAGUUUUGCGGAUACGAAACUGAAUGUUCGUCUGUUUUCUGACCUAAAAUGUGAAGUGAAAUUGAUAUGUAUCAGAGAGGAACUUUUCGAAAACUUUACUUGGUUGACCGCGGUUUAUAUUUUUAUGACUGUUUUCCCGAAAUAAUUGUAAAGUCUGCUUUUAUUGAUGCAAGUUGUUCAAUGGGGUAUUUAAAACCUAAAAUGGGUACACCAGUUUUUGUGGGAAAACUUUUUAUUCGACAACAAAGAAUGAGAAAACGUGUUUUUGGGAUUCAAUCAAAGUAUUGGCAAUAACGAGAAAACCCUUCAAAUAAGAUUUUUAGGUAUUUAUGAGAUCUACACACGGGAAAAGAUCCCACUAAUAGUAAAAUAGUUAUGGCCGAAAACCAAGGCAAAAUGCAGGUUCCGGCAGUUGUUGCUAAUGCGACGAUAAUUUCAAGCAGCUACUUGAAAUUCUUCAAAUCAGUAGGCUUCUUAGUUCUUAAUAACCACAACAAAAUUGGAGUAGAUUGGUCAAGUAGUUUUUGAGAAUUUCUAAUGGCUUAUCCCAAAACACCUGUCUUCCGGCCAUCACUACUAGUUUAUCGAGUAAUAUACAGGGUUCGGUCAAAAGGCAUUUUAUAGCAAAAUGCACGAGUUUACCUUGCCGACAUGAAUCACAAGCCAUUCCGAAAGAUAAUAUUUUUAUGCGAUAAAACGGAGAAACGGAGUGUUACGUUUUUUUCUUCUAAACAAAUUCAAACAUUUCGUAUUUAUAAGUAAUCUUUUUCUUCGCAACAAAAGGUGGUAGACACAUCCGCUUUAAACUAGUAGUGAUGGCCGGAAAACAGGUGUUUUGGGAUAAACAAUAAGACAUUCUCAAAAGCUACUAUUCAGAAGUAACAAGGCUUCGGAUUUAAAGAAUUUCGAGUAGCUGCGUGAAAUUAUUGUCGCAUUAGCAACAACUUGGUUUUCGGUCAUAACUUUUUUAUUAUUAGUGGGAUCUUUUUACGUGUGAUCUCAUUCUGUAGGACUCAUAAAUACCUAAAAAUCAUUUAAGAGUUUUUUCAUUUCUGCCAACACUUUAGAUUAAAUCCCAAAGAAAAAAAAACGUUUUCUCAUUCUUAGUUGUCGAAUAAAAAGUUUUCCCACAAAAUUUGCUAUACCCAUUUUAUGCGUCCAUAUUUUAAAUACCCCCUUGAACAACUUGCAUUAAUAAAACCAGACUUUACAAUUAUUUCGCAAACCUGGAUAUAGAGCUAAUCCCCGUAACACUGUCUGCUCCAAUGAACCAAUUAAUUCAUUGGUCAAAUGAUAUCUAUGAAAUACAAAUGAGGGUUGUAUAAUUUUGACUGAUAUCUUGACCAAGUACCUGUUGACAAUGGUAAAGUGUAUCGUUGCCAGAAUUAAAUGGGCCAAUGGGUCAUGGAGACGUCUUGAGGUUGUGAUCAGAACCUGUUUUGCGGCAUAGAUAAAUGAUACUUGUAUAUCUGAAAAAUAAAUAGUACAAACUAGACCAGUGGUUCCGACAAAGAUAUACUUUCAACCUACCAUACUUUUUGGUGGUGCGUGCAUUUCUUGGAGAAGUUAAAAAAGUAUUCGUCACUGUUUAGAUAUGAUAGAAACUGUCCAAUUUAUUCAAGCUUUGUUACAAAUCAUUGUCCGCAAAUCUAGUAAGAUUUUUUCAAGCAGUGUGAUCCUUCAAAGAUAAUAAUUGUAUACGAGGUUUGUUCGGCAAAUACGUAUAAAAGUCUAAUAAUAACUUUAUUUUACAAUUGUUCAGGUAUUUCUAUAUGGUCUCCUUCAAAGUACUCCCCCUGAGACAAGAUGCACUUCUGCCAACGCCGUUUCCACUGUUGAUACGAUCACUGAAAGUCUUCAAUUGUGAGGCUCUUCAUUUGCCGUGUCGUUUCUGCCUUGAUGGCUCCCACAUCCCCCAAGUGCCGCCCCCAAAGCACUAUUUUGCAUUUUGGGAACAGGAAGAAGUCGCAAGUGGCUAAAUCGAGUGAAUAAGGCGGGUGUUCUGUGAGGAAAUUGAGCUUCGGGCCAAAAACUCACGCACAACGAGAGACGUGAGCAGACGCGUUGUCGUGAUGAAGGAUCCACCACACGAGCUCUGAGGAGACGCAAAACUUAAUUUCCGUCACUGUCUGACCGGAGGGACAAAUUCCUGGUGAACAAAGCCCCGAGAAUCAAAGAAAACAAUCAACAUUGUUUUCACAUUGGACUCAAGAGCUUCGCACAAUUGUGUCAUUUCAAGUUUUUCUGUCAGAAUUUCGUGGACAAUUGUUUUGGGGAUUCCUCAGCUAUCAUUCUAACUGUUAUUCGACGGUCUUUAAGUACACAGCCCCGAAUUCGUUCCCUCAUAGCUCGAUGUGGAGGGGCGUCCUGAGUGUCGGUCAUCUUUUACAUCUUCUCAGCAGUCCCGAAACCUUUCCAACCACUUGUUGAUGGUUGGUUCCUUCAGAGAAUUGUCUCCGUCAACUUGUUUCCAAAUCUCACGACCAUUCUUGUCAAGCUUUGCAAGAAACUUGAUGUUGAUGCGCUGUUCCUCGAUAAGAGCCGACGGCAGGUAAAAAAAGGGUCACUUUCAAUAAGCACACGUAAUUCCUACUUACUCGCAGAGCGCUCCGGCUCGAACUGAGCAUAGAGGGGAUUGCAUAGACACAUUGAACCACCGGGCCGCCCCUCCACGACGCCCCGAAUUUUUAUUUUCCGGACCAACCUCGUAUAUGUCACACUUUUUGCAGAAAUAAUCUCUACUACGAAAGUUAUCUUAAACUCCUAAAUUCUACUUUUUGAAUGCUGAAUGACGAUAUCAUAUGGUUUUGAAAAACAAGUUGCAUCACCAGUUAUAGGCUUUAUGUAGAUUGAAUAUUUUGGUGGUUUAAGUUUUGAAACUCGAUUUAGGUCUGCCUUAACUUCGAAAAAGAUGAACAUUCUCAUAGGAAAUAUCAAACUUCAUGACCACAAAUGGAAAAAAUACUUCUGCCAUAUAUUUUUUAAAAGAAAGUAGCUAAUAUAAGAAAGUCGACAAAGACAGCCUAAGGAGAUCUACAGGAUUUCUUGUACAGUAAUGAAUAAAGAUUGUACUACAGGUCGUUAUGAUUUUUCGAUCAUCUUAUGUUAUAACUGUAUUUUUUGAAAGAACAAAUUACGGCUUGACUGAGUACGUACAAUUAUGUAUCUGCUAAUUUUAUUUUAGCAAUCGAAAAACAGCAAAAAUAGUUACUGUAUAGGAUGGUAAGAUGUGUGCCACACAAUUUUUAUUAAGUUUGUAGUCUGCAGGGUGAAACCAGGACUUUAAGGCAUGUCACACCUUGUGUAAGGCACUAAUGUUCAUAAUGUAAAGUAUUAAAUAAAAAAAUAAACCAAAUGCAUAUAGUCAAAAAAACAGUUUUUGAGAACGAAAUAGAUAAAUGCCAUAGUUGCUGGAAAUUGUUGUAAUUUUAUAGGUGGUUUUAUAAAAGGAAAUAUUCCUAGCAUUCUUAAAUUUCAGGCUUUAUAGAUUUCCCUUUUCAUAUCCUUAUACUAUCACAUAAAUGCGGAAGACGUAGACUUCUACUGGCGGUAUCUUUAAGAAACUAAACGCUACCUGAUUAAGUUUGCUUUCAUGUUUAUUUCAGAAAUUUGUCACAAAUAUAGUUUCAUGUAAAAUCAAUGAAACUUCAACCAGUUCUGAGAGAUGUUGAAGUAUCUGACUCACACUGAUGGGAGAAAACACUUGACAAAAUUGUACAAAAAUAGUGAUUCUCGUGCAUUACAAACAGUGAUCAGUAGUUGUAGAUAUACAUUCAUAUCUAUAUCUUAUCUUCAUAUUGAAGAUAGGAAAUUGUAAUAUGAUUUAUUUAUAUUGAAAAUAGCAUCACAUACUGUAGAGGCACUUUUACAAAAUCACCGACGGAUAUUUCCUUUUAAAACACAAUCUUUUGAUGCCAAAAUGGCAGGCACUACUAUCUUGUGUUUUCUAAUAGAAUAGAUUGGUUCCUAUUUUGCAAAUGGCAUCGUUGAUUCAGUGUGUUUUGGUGUCAAAAGUAAUAAUAGCACUACACUAAAAAAGAAAAAACUAAAAAAGAUUUCUUCACUAAAUUUUGUUUUAUAUAUCAGAGUGUUUCGAAUUUGAAAAUUGUAAUUUGAUUCAGUUUUGUAAGAUACGGUUUUCUAUAGGCUAUUUUUUCUUUAGCGCAGGGUGUCCAGUGGGAAAGUUCACUAUUGGAUCUAAGAAAAGAAAAUAUUUAUUACUAUCAACAUAUUCGAAAAUUCGUCGGGUUUUAUUUCUUAAAUAUCAUUCCGUCCAAAUGUUUGCCAUCCCUUCGGACACACUCUUCUAAUCGCGCGCGCAAAUUCUGAAACACUCUUGCAGAGUUCCGGAGUGAUGUUGUUUAUUUCUCGUCGAAUGUUGUCUUUAAGCUCCCCCAGUGUUCGUGGUUUUUUGGAAUACACUUUUGACUUGUCGUGAGGUCGGGUGACCUAGGAGGCCAGUGAAUGUCUCCAAACUUCGAUAUAACUUAUUGAGGAAAAAGUGAUUUCACCGUGUCCAUCGAUUCUCUGGAAGUAUGGGCAGUGGCCCCAUCCCGUUGAAACCAUGUGUUUCUGUUAAAUCGACGUUCUGUUCUUACAAUAGGAAGAGGAUUUGCAAUGACCGAAUCACUUACUCUACGCACGUUUGUGUGGGGCCAGGAAUGGGUUGGCUUUUUCAAUAGGUUCUUACUUGAGGCAUCUCUUGGUCAACGAAUGUUGUAUCGUGUACAAAAUUUCCGAAGGGCAGCUGCGUAUGAAUUACCACUCUUAAAGUAAGCCGAUAGCAAAAGCACGUUGCACUCCGGUCCAACGUUCCAUUGUGACUAUCUAACCCGCACGCCGAACGCGUCGAUCAAGACCUCUCCCCACUUCCUCGCGUAUACGGUUGCCGCGUAUUCAAAUUUGAAAUAUGAACUUUCCCACUGGACACCGUGUAUUUCGUGGUCAUGAGCAAUAUUAACCAUGGUAACAUAACUAGAACCUUUGUUUUUCACAUAUCUCAAAUAGACAAACAGAUACGUUUUAAAGAAGUACAAGCUUGCUCACGAUGUAUCUUGAGCCUGCAUCCCAAACAUUUCGAAAAGUUGAUGAGAGCUUAAAAAAGACUUAAAUAUCUACUUCUUGAAAAAUGUGGACUGUUGUAUAAAUACCAAGUGGACAAUUUGUGUGAAUGAGUAGAAUUUGAAUGUAGCAAUUAAUUGAUCUGGGUAUGUUGCCAUCUUUAUUUUCUUAAUAUACUUCCAUAUUAGCUUCCCGUAUCUCGGAACGUAUAAGUGUAAUCGUGAAUUCCUAAUUUCUUGUGAUUUUACUCUGCAUGUCCUCAGCCUAGACAAUUUCUGUUUAGUGAUGAUAUGUGAAAUUGUGGAAACCUCUAGGGAGUGACUCGGCUCUGUUUAAGUGAUUUUCAUUGUGGGUAUUCAUUAUCAAAUUCAUUAUAUUUUUGAAGGUUGUGAGCAUGUUUGAGAAUGUGGAAAACAUAUAUGGUUGUAGUGGAACUGAAUUUUUUACCUCCAUUUUUAGUGAUGGAACUUAAUUACCAUUCUGUAUAUUAUUUCUAAAUAGCAAUAAGGUACUUCCGUAAAUAAAUAUUUUUAACUUGUUCCAAUUGUUGUUUAGUUUUAUGCUUUUUUAAAUUAUGUUGUAAAAAUAUUUGUAAUAUAAACUGUUCAAAACCCUAUUUACAUUACCAAAAUAAAUGAAAGUAUCAUGUUACUCCAUUGCAUAUUUACCUGUUUUUACCUACAUACAUAAUAUCUAAAGGGAAAAUGAAAAAUGUGUCUCACUGCAUUUUUACAAAGAAAAAUCUAUUUCAAUUACCA